CCAGAAGCACACCCUUUCGCCAUUCUCACCUUCGCACAUAACCCUCACCUUUGCCAACCCUUUCGCACACAACACACCCUCAAAUAAACUCAGCAAAAAUUUGCCCUCACCCAGUCACCCUCACUCACGCGACAUACACCCUCAUCCUCACUCCACCCACACACGAAAGAGGGAAGAAAUCUGAAAGGGAGAACGUGAAGAAGAAGAAAAGUGAGGGAAGGAAGGAAAGGACGACGCCGGCUAAGGCUCCGCCGCCGUCGUUGUCGAGCGCCAGUGAGAGAGAGAGCUCGAGGAAAAGAGAAAACGCGAUGGAGGAGAGAAGAAGGGGGUGUUCCGUUGCCACUGAAGCUCCAUCACCGUUGCUAGGGCUUGUUGACAUCGUCGUUCUGCCACCGUCAGGCUGCUGUGCUGCCGCCGAGGAGCUCGAAGGGAUGUCUCGCCACCGUCGUGCUUUGCCACCAAGCUGUUGCGUUGCCGCUCAUCUCUUCUUCACCGUCGCCGCUCAUCACCAGCGUCGUAUCCUCUGUCACCAGUUCGAAAGUGGGUAUGGUUUUGAUAGUGAUGAUGAACUGCAACGGCUAAUUAAGAUAGAGAAGGUAUGUAUCAAUUUUCAAUUGGUUCUGUGAAUUUUUGGGGGUUUUGGGUUCGAAUUUUAGGUUUUCAAUUAGUUUAGCAUCUUAAGAAAAAAUUAGUGAAAAGAACAGGUUUCACACUGAAAUAUUUUGAUUUAUGUCUUGGUUCAUACGCAUUCCUUGAACAUAGUGGUUGCUUUCAAUUUCUAGCUUCAAGUUAUAUUCCUCUCUGAUGCUUUUCAAAUGCUUUUUUUGGUUAUUUUUCAUAGAUGCUUUGAAUUUUAGUGAUAAUAGCCAAUUAAAAUGUGUCAAAAAAAUAACAGCAAAUAGGAAAAAGGGAAAAACUUGGUCCUAGAAUGUAUAAUACUGUUAUUUGAUGAAACACACUGGAAAUAAGAGUUUUAUUAGCCGAGUUUUGAGUCAAUUACAUUACAUAUGGAUAAAAACAGCUGUAUAAAUUCUUUGCCUACGAUUACUACUACAGUACUAAUUUGAUUCCACCAAAGCAUCCAAAAAUUUGAU